AAAACAGCAAAAACAAAAAGUUUCAAGCCCAAAGAAACAUGGAUGAAACAUUUCAUCCCAAGCUAAGUUUGAUGCUCUAAUUCAAACACUGGGGAUCAUCCUGUUGCUCUUCAAAUUAGGCGGACUCUUUACUCAGAAGCGAGCGCCACCUUUCUUUUGAAGGCCAGCGCAUGCUUAAGUUGUCUACUUGCUUGGAUAUAAGGGAUGAUGAAAUGGACGAUGAGGAGAAAAUUGGCACCAACGAACUUGGUAAGAUUGGUUUUAGGAAUAGCCACAGAAUAAGCUCCGCGCCGUUGGAGGCGGAUCAAUAAGAGAAGAUCGGCGUUGGAGAUAUAGAUUUCUUCGGUUGGUUUCAUCUGUUAGGCAAACUAUGAAAUAAAUAUGAACAAAGUAAUCGGAAAUAAGAGAUUUUUUUAACUUAUUCUGAGAAAGUGGAUUUGUAUGCUUAUUCAACAGGGACAACAGGGAGAAAAUUUUUUGAGAGGCGGAGAAACUCUGAAAUUCUGUUUCCCGAGGAGGUAUGAUAGCCAUGGACGGCGAUUGUAGUCACCGGAUCCGCGGCGUUCGGAGGUGGAGUGCCCACCAACGACCGUGUUCUCCACCACCUAUCCACUCAUCAUCUCCACCACCAUCUCACGGGUUUUCCCAUCAUCCAUUGUCACCAUUUUCUUCCCUUCACCACCACCGUUACCACCACCAAUCAAACCUCCACUGCCAUUCCAACCACCACCGUCAUCUAUCCAAUCUCCACACCCAAAUCCGUUGUUCACCACCUCUACCGCCUCCAUAAUCUUCUCGAUACCACGAUCGGCACAUCAUCGCCAACCCACACACAACCUCUACAUACCCAAAUUCAAAUCAAUAUCCAGGCGCAGUUACAUCUCUCCAUACCCAUAAUCACCUCCAUCAUCGAAACACCCAAAAUCUCAACCGUGAUGCGGGUCAGCAGAACAUCGUAUACAGCUAACAAGAGUUUCCAACAACGCCUUCCCAUCCACCAAUCCAGCUGGGACGAAAUUAGUAUUUCGAUCUACGAGAAACGGAGGGGAUAAGAAAUUCAAGAACCUAUACAUAAUGGAGAAUGCAGAAUUAGGCGAAUAUGGGGAUGGCGUAAUAACAAGGCUAACAAAUGGGGCUUGGACUGACACACAUUGCCAAUGGUCCCCAAGGGGAGAUUGGAUAGUCUUUUCGUCAACCCGCGACAAGCCAGAAGAUGCACCGGAACUUGACAAUGGUCUUGAUCCGGGAUACUUUGCGGUAUUUCUAGUGAAGGCGAAUGAUCCGUCAGUGGUGGUAAGAGUGUUAGGAAGUGAUAGUGAUCUUGCAGGGCAUGUGAACCAUCCAUUCUUUAGUCCGGACGGAAAGAGCAUUGUUGUGACUGCGGAUCUUGCUGCGGUGUCUGUGGAUCCUAUCUCUUUGCCUAUUUUCGUCCACUCUGUGAGGCCUUAUGGCGAUAUUUUCAUUAUCGACAUCGACCCGGAUGACAUAAACAAGAAUAAGGACGUGGAGAAGUUCAAUCACAUCACGCAUAGUAGAUACGAGAAUUCGACUGCUAGUUGGACCACCUUCUCGACUCAAGACCCGAACGCAGCAUGGAACCUGCAUUUCGACAGAGUCUACAUUCCGGCAUGCCCUAAUGCGCAAUGCGAUGGAGGCGAAAGUUGGCACAUGACCGGCCACCUUUGCAUCCCAAAACGAUGUUGCUGAGCUGAUUGCCUUUGUGUUCUUGUGAUCCAGUUUGUGAUCUGCAUGUGUUCUUG